CUUUUCGGACAGUAAAGGUAUCCAAAAAAAAAUUUGUAUAGGACUUUUUACGGCUUUUCAAAAUUUUUCGAUAAAUUUAUCGUGUGAAAAAACGUAAAAAAAAAAAAAUUUUAAGCAUGGAUUACGGCCAAGGUAACGGAAAUGGUCAAUAUCAAUCUAUGGAAGGCUUCGGUAUGUCCUCGCCCGACGGCCAGCCACCAGAGAUGGGUCAGGACUACCUUCAGCCGCGUGGUUAUGGCGGUGGACUGCAGUCCUAUGACGACUCGAGGAACUGUCAGAGCGGAUCGGCUUCCUUCGGAGGUCCCGGCUACCGCAGCCCACUGCGAUAUACAAAAGUCUUGAGAGAAAUGAACUCGCGCAACGGACUCUACUCGCCAACGGAUCAACGUUCGGGCAGAGGAAAUGGCGACUAUUAUAGCUCGUUGCCCGGUAUUGGUGGUGCCGAGGGCCAAAUGUACGGUCAGUCCCGUCAAGGCGGCAACCCUUAUUACUAGUCGCAAUUUAUUUAUAUUUAUAUCUAUAUAUACAUAUAUUUGAGUGCGCACCCGUUUGCUGGCUUGGAACUAAUUGUUAUCUUAUAAUUUCAUCCUUUCGGUUACUUAUGAAAUAAAUGCCCAGUUAACACA